GCGGAUUCGGGCAGACCCCAGGAGUCGGGUAGUCUCGGCCAGAACUCAGGAGCGAUGUCGCAACAACUCCUGUACCGUGCUCUGGUGUCUGCGAAAUGGCUUUCAGAAGCCAUCAAGUCCCAGCAAGCUGGUCUGGCCUUGAGAAUUGUGGAUGCGUCUUGGUAUUUGCCGAAGAUGAAGCGUGACCCGAAGCGUGAAUUCGACGAGCGCCAUAUUCCUGGUGCGGUUUUCUUCGACAUCGACCAGUGUAGCGACCGUACUUCGCCUUACGAUCACAUGCUGCCCAAGGCCGAGGACUUUGCUGAAUACGUGGGGAAGCUGGGUGUGGGGAACGAUUCCCAUGUUGUGGUGUACGAUGGCAGCGACCAAGGCCUCUUCUCAGCGCCUCGGGUGUGGUGGAUGUUCCGCGCCUUUGGACAUGAAGCCGUCUCCCUUCUGGAUGGUGGCCUGAAGAACUGGCAGCGAGAGGGGGAUGCGCUGACCUCUGUGAAAACAUACGAGGACGUCUUAGAUAACUUGGAUUCCCACCGCUUCCAGCUAGUGGAUGCGCGCGCUGCAGGACGAUUCCGGGGAGUAGAGCCAGAGCCCCGCGAUGGAAUUGAGCCUGGCCAUGUUCCUGGGUCAACGAACAUCCCCUUCACUGAUUUCCUUGCAGAGUCUGGCUUAGAGAAGACCCCUGAGCAGAUCCGCAGUCUGUUCCAGGAGAAGAAGGUGGACCUCUUAAAGCCUCUGGUGGCCACAUGUGGCUCUGGGGUCACUGCGUGCCAUGUGGCUCUGGGGGCAUACCUGUGUGGCAAACCAGAUGUUGCCGUGUACGAUGGGGCCUGGGUGGAAUGGUACAUGCGGGCACAGCCUGAAAACAUCAUUUCUGAAGGAAAAGGGAAGACAGUGUAAUAAUCUGCUCCAUCUCCCAGCUCUGCAGAUAAUUUGCCUUGAAACAGGAUUUGGAAAAGAUGG